AUGAAGUUGUUGUUUCUCCAGCUUCUGCUGUUAUUCUGCCUAGCACUGCAGCUGGUUCCUGGGAAAGUCAAGCAACGCCGUAAGAAGUAUAUCUUUGACCCCCCACCCUGCAAGUCUGCACCGGAAAGCUGUACCCAAGUCUGUGUACAUCAUGAAGAUUGCCAAAUAGGACUUGAGUGUUGUUCUUCCUUCUGUGGAAUAGUCUGUUCAAGGAACAAAAAGUCAAUGAGCAAGAGGUUACCUGUGAAUUAACUCUCAAAGAAGAUAAGGAUGAUGUUCUUUUAUCCUCAAAAAAGCUUCUUAAGAGGGAACAAAGCAUCAUGGUGCAAAGUACUGAGUCUCUGACAGGUAAUGUGAUUAAACCUCAUGAUGAAGGAUCAGUUAGUUUUUUGUUUUUAAUUUAUUGGGAUAAAAUAUAUUUAACAAAAUUUGCCUCCUCGAGGGCACAGACCCAGAAUACCAAUAUGCCCAACCCAUUGGGUGAUGCCGCUUCGCCCUUUUCCCAGCCUCAUGCCCUGCCCCCUCAGGUAUCCCUGUGAAUUCCUGAGACUAGAUCAAACAGCAAGUUUUUAGCAAUACUGUAAUGUGCU